AUGCUGCUGCUGCAAGCGUUGCGCUUCUGCCUGGUUGCGCGGACCGGGCGCCUCCAGGUGGGCCCACUGUUGCUUCAGACGCCACAGCCAUGGCCUACAUUUCAUACUGGGCCCUGUUUGGCCGCCUCGUCUUCCAGCAAAGAGUUCCUUAUGAAGUUGCGGCGAAAAACGGGCUAUUCUUUUGUGAACUGCAAGAAAGCCCUGGAGACUUGUGGUGGGGAUCUCAAAGAGGCAGAGAGCUGGCUUCACAAGCAGGCCCAGAAGGAGGGCUGGAGCAAAGCUGCCAAACUUCAUGGGAGGAAGACUAAAGAAGGCUUGAUUGGGCUGCUGCAGGAAGGAAAUGCAGCUGUGCUAGUGGAGGUCAACUGUGAAACAGAUUUUGUUUCUAGAAAUUCAAAAUUUCAACAGUUGGUCCAGCAAGUAGCCAUUGGAACCUUAUUACAUUGUCAAACCAUAGCUGACCCUCCAUCUGCCUUUGGUUCAGGCUUUCUGAAUUCCUCUGAGCUCUCUGAACUUAGAGCUGUACCUGACAGAGAAGGCGUUCUCAAAGAUCAGUUGGCAUUAGCAAUUGGGAACCUGGGGGAAAACAUGACUCUUAAGCGAGCUGCAUGGGUGAAGGUGCCGUCUGGGUUCUACAUUGGCUCUUAUGUCCAUGGAGCAAUGCACAGCCCCUCGAUCAGCAGCUUGGUGCUGGGAAAGUAUGGGGCGCUGGUCGUCUGUGAGACAUCUGAGCGGAAAGCUAACCUCGAAGACCUCGGUCGCCGCCUUGGGCAGCACGUGGUAGGCAUGGCCUCUCUCACCGUUGGUUCCCUAGACGAUGAGCCUGGAGGAGAGGCGGAAACCAAGAUGCUCUCCCAGCCCUACUUGCUGGACCCCUCAAUCACACUGGGACAGUAUGUGCAGCCCCAGGGGGUAUCUGUGGUGGACUUUGUGCGCUUUGAAUGUGGUGAAGGUGAAGAGACAGAGGAGGCUGAAUAG